CCGCCGAAGAUUAGUCCAGCCAGCCAGCCGUGUGAACAAGGGCUUUUUUUAUMAAAGAAACAUCAAUUUAAAGGACUCUUUCAUAUCAAUACCGAAUCAUCGAACUCAAAUAACCAUUUAUGUAUAAAUAUAAUGCAGAAAUAUGAAAAGCUGGAAAAGAUCGGCGAAGGAACCUAUGGAACUGUAUUUAAAGCGAAAAACAGAGAAACUCACGAAAUUGUUGCUCUGAAGCGCGUUCGCCUCGAUGAGGAUGAUGAGGGAAUUCCAAGCUCCGCUUUAAGGGAAAUCUCCAUCUUAAAAGAAUUGAAACACAACAAUAUUGUUAGACUUCAUGAUGUUUUGCAUAGUAAUAAAAAGCUCACCCUGGUUUUCGAGUUCUGUGAUCAGGAUCUAAAAAAAUACUUUGACAGUUGCCAAGGAGAAGUAGAUGCUCAUGUUGUCAAGUCAUUUAUGUUCCAACUUCUUCGUGGUUUGGCAUUUUGUCACAGUCACAGUGUUCUCCACAGAGAUCUCAAACCUCAAAACCUACUGAUUAAUAAGGAUGGUGAGCUAAAGCUGGCAGACUUUGGACUUGCAAGGGCAUUUGGCAUUCCUGUAAGAUGCUAUUCUGCUGAGGUAGUGACAUUGUGGUACAGACCUCCAGAUGUUCUUAUGGGUGCCAAGCUUUACUCAACGUCUAUUGAUAUGUGGUCAGCAGGUUGUAUAUUUGCAGAGAUGGCAAAUGGAGGUCGACCUUUGUUCCCAGGCAAUGACAUUGAUGAUGAACUUAGAAGAAUUUUCAAAAUUUUAGGAACGCCUUCACUAGAAACAUGGCCAAAUGUCACAAAGCUCCCUGCCUAUAAAGACCUCCCACCCCAAGGACCAUUKGUUUCUCUAGAACUUGUAGUACCUAAUUUAUCGACAACUGGAAGAGAUUUAUUGCAGAAACUUUUGGUUCUCAAUCCAGCACACAGAAUUUCAGCGGAAGAUGCCAUGAAGCAUCUUUACUUUGCUGACCUGAGUCCUAACUAUAGAGCUUAGGAUUUACCAGUCAAGYUCAGUCACGCAACGCCCGUCACAACUCCYAUAUCAACUGUAUACAUAGUGGCUCUACAGAUUGAUUCUACUGUGAAUAAUAAAAGAUUAUUAUAGACGA